AUGCCUAACCUUUGGCGGAUAACUGCCUUCAUUCUUCUGUGUACACUCGCGAGGUUGAUGUGGCUAAUCUUCCAAUCUCGAGGUACAAAGAAUAGGCACGUUCCCCGACACCGACAAGCUUCUGAUACCUGCAGCCUGGCUGUAUUCCUUGGCUCUGGCGGUCACACCAGUGAGGCGCUGUCCUUAUUAUCUUCCCUCGAUUUCAACCGUUAUACUCCACGGAAAUAUGUGGUUAGUGAAGGGGAUAUACUCAGCGCCGAGAAAGCUGUUUCUCUGGAGACCAGCAAGGCUACGAGCGCUUCAUCUCGACCCGGCACCGACUAUAACAUCCUCGUAAUUCCUCGCGCCCGUCGUGUCCAUCAAUCCUUGUUUAUGACACCGCCUACCGCGCUUCGCUCCUUGCUGGCGUGUGUGUUCCAUGUGUCAAUUGCCCCCUUGAUAUCAUCUGGUCCAGGAAGCAGUUCGUUUGCAGAUGUUCUCAUCCUGAACGGGCCGGGGACUUGCUUCGUUCUGUGCAUUGCUGUGUACCUGAAUCGAUUCCUAGGUAGGCCAUCGCCUAGGCUCAUAUAUGUCGAGUCCUUCGCACGCGUAAAAUCACUGUCGCUCUCUGGGAAACUCCUUCGUCCAUUCGUCGAUAGAUUUCUAGUACAAUGGUCUCAGAUAAACAAAGGAGAAUGCCGUGGAUGGUUGGUCUGA